AUGGAGGUGAGUGAACAAUACAGUAUUGAUGGCUACAGUAGAAUACCUGUCUACCUCAAGUGCAGUUCAAAUAAUCGAGCCACUACUGUCCUGUCGUACUUCCAAGAAGCUGUAGCAGAGUACGGUCUCCCGUCUAGAGUAAGAGCGGACCGCGGUGUUGAGAACGUUGACGUCGCAGAAUAUAUGCUGACCUACAGAGGUACCGAAAGAGGCAGCUUUAUAGCAGGUCGAUCUGUCCACAAUCAAAGAAUCGAGAGAUUGUGGAGAGAUGUCACGGUCGCAGUUACUGCCACAUAUAAAAGCAUAUUUCGCUCUCUAGAGCGCCGACAGCUAUUGGACUGUAACAAUGCGACAGACUUAUUCUGUAUCCACUACAUAUUCGUCAGUCGAAUUCAAAGUAGCCUUGACGGAUUUCGCCAAGCGUGGUGCAGGCAUCGUUUGGCUACCGAGAGAGGAAGAUCUCCUCUUCAAUUAUGGAUAACUGGAAUGCUCAGAAUGCAAGGUUCUAUGCGUACGGCUGCCGAUCCGUUACCUGUUGACCCUGACGAGUACGGAGUGGAUUGGAAUGGCCCAGCAACCGGCGACAUUGAUGAUGAAGACACCGCAAGCGGAGUUCACUUACCAGAUGGCGUAGAAGUUCCUCUCAGCGAAGCAGAUUACGAAGAACUGAAACGAACAGUAAAUCCUCUAGCCGACAGCAAUGAUUUUGGCGUAGACUUGUUCAUCACGGCAGCGGAGUUUGUUGCGUCUCAUCUGUCAUAGAAUACUAAUUCAUUAAUUCAUCAUCAUCCUCGUAGAGCGGGUACAUGUACCGCUAGUGAUUGUUUAAUACAA